CACCACCACCACCCCUACGACUGUCACACCGCAAGCGUCGACCGGCAAAGAUGAGCGCCGCGGCUGUCCCCUCUCUCUUCGCCGACUACAGGGGCAUGGCGGACUCGGUGGCCGACAAGCUGGUGGGCUACAGCAAGGACGACGGCGGCUGGCGAGUCGCCAAGUCGAACAAACUUGUUACCAUAUCGUGGAGAGCAUCUACAGAAUUUCCUGGCUACCUGUACAAAGGCGAGGGUCUACUGGAGAUGGCCCCCAAUGCGCUGUGGGAGUUCGUGAAACCCACGCCGGACGGCCUCCGUGUCAAGUGGGAUCGCAACGUGCGCGCCUUCCAGAUCCUGCAGUCGCUGGACGAGGAGCUGUCCGUGUGUCGCACCAUCACCUCGUCUGCUGCCAUGGGCGUGAUCUCCGCGCGUGACUUUGUGGACGUGGUGCUCGUCAAACGGUACGACGACGGCUCCAUCGCCUCCAACGCGACGCAUGUGGUCCACGAAUCGUGCCCACCCCAGUCGGGCUACGUCCGUGGAUUCAACCACCCCUGCGGCUGCAUGUGCCUACCCGUGCCCGGGGAGCCCAACAAGACGAAGAUGGUCACCUUCUUCCAGACGGACCUGGGUGGCUACCUGCCCAGGUCACUCGUCGACUCGUUCUUCCCAUCCACGAUGGCCGAGUUCUACAGCAAUCUCAGCAAGGCGCUGACGACGCUCAAGCCAUGACGACCGCCGCUGUAAUCCUCAUCCGUGCCACCCACCCGCUCGUUGGUCUCAACUCCCAUCAGCCACACUUUUCACCCUUUUUUGGCCCUCCACCGAAUGUAAUAAUGUCUUCGCGUGGCCUCAAAUGCACGGUUGCAUAUUUUUAUUGCAAUACCAUGGAGAUCUGUGUGCUGUCCGUGUCAUUAUUUGUGACAUUUUUGAUUUGUCGCUCUUUUAAUGAGAAGAAGAUUGCUAUUAAUUGUCAAGGGCAUUAAGGCGGUGGCAAGACGCGAGUGUGAGUUAGGGGAUGGCAGUGCUGUCCGUUCCGUACUUUACGCAAUGAAUGUGCUGUGUGUGAUCAAUUAGGUACCGGUGGAAACACCGGUGUUUACAUUUAACCUGAAGUCACUUGAAUAAUUCGAACCUGGUGCAAGGUAUAUAACGGAGCAGAGCGCACUGCCACUGGUGGCUUAGGUUUUAAUUAUGCAUGAAUUGUGCCGAUGUUCUUCAACAUUCACUCACCGCCCCGACACAGCAUGGCUACAUUGAGAAGUGAACCCAGGUUCAACCAGAAACCGAUGAUGGCUGCUGUGGCCACUGCAAGGUGUGGCAACUGCAGGUCUACUGAGUACAGGGUUAGGCAUUGUUUUCCCCACUGUACAACCGAGCGAUCCUGGUCUGGUUUUGCUAAGUCAGCCCGGGGCAACUCAGGAGGGUGCCAGGUUUUUUCUGUCACAACUGAGCCGUGCUGGGGGCAUCACAAGCAAUGCAUGCGCCACGUCAGACUCGCACGUUAAAGUGUAGUGACCGAAGCAAUAUAGGGUAAGAACUAUUAACCCCACCUUAUCUGGCCCCACCAUGGGCCUGAGCCAGAUUUCAGAUGCCACGUGAGGCCAAAGUUUUAAGGUUUGGUUCUGGCUUGGCAAAUUUCCAGUGGGAAAAAAACCUCUCGUAUUGCGAGGGCCCCACACUGGCGUGGCUCGGAUGUGCCAGUGGAAGAGGUUGUGUAUGAAUGUGGCAAUGCGAUGUUACUUUUGUCAAACUUGGGCAAUGAUGUAUGUGUUUGCACUGGGCCCGUGUCUAUUUUUCCUUGCGCAUGCAUACACGGUGCCCCAAUAAGUGAGCACUUUGUCUCGAUGUAUAUUUUUGUUGUGGUCUUUUAAACAUUCCUGGAGAUUUCUGCUGCUCGUUAUUAUCAUUGUGAAUACAUAUUAAAUGUGUAUACUAUAAAUUGAAAAAAUGUAAACAGAAAGUUUAUUUAAAAAAUGACAAUGCAUUUUUGCAUUGUUAGGAGGGUGGGGGUGUUAGCAAAACUGAUACGAUUGUGCCGUUCGUUUUAACGUCAGGUCGCUGUGGUCAUGUGACCGAGAAGUGAUUAUCAGCCGCCUGCAGCGAUAACCGUAAAGAAUGUGUUUUAAUGCAUUGAAACUUCUUGUGAAUUUUGGAAUGUUAAAUGUUUGUCACAUU